GUGCACGCAGCGACCGCCGGAUGGCUGCGUGGGGCUGUGUGGCUGCGCUCGGCGCGGCGCGCGGGCUCUACUGGCGGCCGGCGCGCGCGGCUGCUGGGCUGCCAGGCAGCAGCUGCCGCAGGGGCUAUGCUGUGGGCCCCGCUCAGAGCCCACCCACCUUUGGGUUCCUGUUGGACAUCGAUGGAGUGCUUGUCCGGGGCCACAGAGUGAUCCCUGCUGCUUUGGAAGCCUUCCGAAGGCUGAUGAACUCCCAGGGGCAGCUGCGGGUGCCCGUGGUUUUUGUCACAAAUGCUGGGAACAUCUUACAACACAGCAAAGCCCAGGAGCUGUCAGCCCUGCUGGGAUGCAAGGUGGAUGCAGACCAAGUUAUCCUCUCUCACAGCCCCAUGAAGCUCUUCUCAAAGUACCACGAGAAGCGGAUGCUGGUGUCUGGGCAGGGGCCUGUGGUGGAAAAUGCCCGGGGACUGGGCUUCCGGAAUGUUGUUACCAUGGAUGAGCUGCGGAUGGCCUUCCCCCUGCUUGACAUGGUGGACCUGGAGCGGCGGCCGAAGACCACGCCCCUCCCAAGGAAUGACUUCCCCCGCAUUGAAGGGGUGCUCCUCCUAGGGGAGCCGGUCCGCUGGGAGACCAGCCUGCAGCUGAUCAUGGAUGUCCUCCUCAGCAAUGGGAGCCCUGGGACUAGCCUGGCAACAGUCCCCUACCCCCACCUCCCUGUCCUGGCUAGCAACAUGGAUCUCCUGUGGAUGGCUGAAGCCAAGAUGCCCAGGUUUGGCCAUGGCACCUUUCUGCUGUGCCUAGAAACCAUUUACCAGAAAGUGACGGGCAAGGAGCUGAGAUACGAGGGCCUGAUGGGCAAACCCAGCAUCCUCACUUACCAGUAUGCAGAGGAGCUGCUCAGGCGACAGGCGGAGAGGCGAGGCUGGGCCGCCCCCAUCCAGAAGCUCUAUGCUGUGGGGGAUAACCCUAUGUCUGACGUGUACGGCGCCAACCUGUUCCACCAGUACCUGCAGAAGGCGACACGUGACGGGGCGCCGGAACUAGGGGCUGGGGGCCCACGGCAGCAACGGCCCUCAGCCAGCCAGAGCUGCAUCUCCAUCCUGGUGUGCACAGGCGUGUACAAUCCCAGGGGCCCGCAGUCCACGGAGCCUGUGCUUGGAGGAGAGGAGCCUCCAUUCCACGGGCACCGAGACUUCUGCUUCAGUUCAGGGCUCAUGGAGGCCUCCCACGUGGUGAAGGACGUGAAUGAGGCUGUGCAGCUGGUCUUCCGCAAGGAGGGCUGGGCUUGGGAGUGAGGGCAGUGUGGGGGAGGUGAGUGGGCGAGGCUCUUUGGCUGGGCUCUGGCCCAUCACUGGGCUCAGGUCAGGGCUUGGUUCCCUUGCCACCCUUCCUGCAGCUUUAUGAGUGUGAUGUUACUGGUCACGUGGAAGAAGACAUGGCUCUCUCUCCCUGCUGGGUAGCGUUCUCCAUGGAACUGUUGGAAUUCUCUGGGCCCAGUUCCCAUGUGCCUCUCCUGGCAGUCUAACCUCAGGCCAGUCUCCUCACCGGUGUGCCUCAGUGUCCUCAUUUCAGUAGGGACUUCUGGAAAAGGAGCAGUGUGGAAUACUGUGGACGAUUGCGGAGCCUUUGCCGGCACUGAAGGAGUGCUCCGGUCGGUACAGUGUCUAACACCAGAUGCUACUUUUUAUUGUAGUUUAUUACCCAGAGAUUUGGGGCUUAUUUUUUUAAAUUAAAAUAAUCAUAAUAAAUAUUCAUGAUGCCCUCUCUUGUGAA